AUGUGUUCACCAUGUGGAGGCAAUGUGCAGAUGCAAGAGAAGAUAGAGCAUUUACAAGCUGUAGGAAGACGAACUGGCCUGGAAGUGAACAGAAAUAAGACAAAAAGCCUGCGGAUCAAUGCGGCCCAGGAUACAGCUAUCCUCAUAGAAGGGGAACCUAUAGAAGAUGUACCCCAGUUCACAUACCUCGGCAGUGAAGUCAGUAAGACAGGAGGCACAGAAGAAGAUACAAGGUCCAGAAUAGGAAAAGCUAGGUACGCUUUCAUCACCUUAAAGCCAAUCUGGGACAACAGGGUCAUACACCUCCGGACAAAGAUCAGACUGUUUAACACCAAUGUUAAAACAGUUCUGUUAUAUGGCUCAGAGACCUGGAGACGCACAAAAGCACUAGACAAGAAACUCCAGGUCUUCAUUAAUACAAGCCUGAGAAGAAUCCUCCGCAUCAGAUGGCCGGAACGAUUCUCAAACCAGGAGUUGUGGCAAAGAACCAACCAAAGGCCAAUUGCGGAAGAAAUCCAGAUGAAGAAAUGGAGAUGGAUUGGCCACACCAUUAGAAGAGGCCAAUCAUGCACAGCCCGUCAUUCUCUGGACUGGAACCCGCAAGGAAGUUGCAGAAGAGGUCGUCCCGUGCAGACAUGGCGGAGGACCCUAGACUCCGAGCUACGAAAAAUCCAGAUGUCUUGGGGAGAAGCUAAACAGGUUGCCAUGGACCGUACCAGAUGGAGAGCUGUUGUGAAGGCCCUAUGUCCCUCCAGAGAUGAAGAUGACUUAGUAACUAAAGGAUUUAUUCCAUAG